UCCCCCCGAGCGAGAAGAAAGUCAUACCCUCCCUCCCCCCCACCAAAAAAGAGAUGCUCCGCCAGCGCCUCAUCCAAACACUCCGUACCCGCGGCGGCUCCGCCACGGGCCCCAGCCGCUGGACAAGCCCCGGCCACGAAGAACAGCCCAAAGGCUACCUCUUCAACCGAACCCCUCUCCCUCCCGGCCAGUCCCGCAGAUGGGAGGACUGGGAACUCCCCUGCUACGUCACCAGCUUCCUCACCAUCGUCAUCCUCGGCGUCGGCCUCAAUGCCAAGCCCGAUCUCACCAUCGAGACCUGGGCCCACCAGAAGGCCCUCGAGCGCCUCGAGAUCGAGCAGUCCGCCGCCGCCCUCUCAUCUGAGCCGUCCGAAUGAGGCAAAUUCGAAUCCAACGGAUCGUUGAGGUUUCAGAUGGCUUCUUCUCUUGUUUUCCGAUGUUGAUAUGAUAUGUAGUUUGAAAUAAGGGUUUCUGGAUCGUUUAAAAUUGAAGCUUUUGAGUACUCUUCCUAAUUUUUGUUGCUUAAUUUGAAGAUUAUUUUUUGGAUGUUUGACUAUAGCUGAAAAUUUUCGUCGUUUCGAUU